GCUUUGGAACCUAUUGGUCGGCCUUGCUACCCAUUUCAAUAAACAACCUGAUCUGCUUUGUUACAAACCCAUUGUUUAUGACUGUCUUUUUAAGAUGAAAACCUUGUUAGACUUAGACCUUCUGGAUAAGCAGGGACCAUUUUAUUAUGGCCACCAUCGGAAUUUGAUGCCGCCCAUUAGCUUUAAUGGCUUGUAG